AUGUGCUUGUGCGAAAAUGACGCUCUUUGUAGUCAUGUAGAUGGCUCUUGUGCCUGUGCUCCUGGAUGGAUUGGAACAUUUUGCGAAACAGAAUGUGCAGAAAGAACAUUUGGCCACGACUGCAAUGAAAUCUGUCGUUGUCAGAAUGAUGGAAUGUGCAAUCCUCAAAAUGGAUCUUGCGUCUGUCCUCCUGGAUUUAUUGGCCUGUCGUGUGAAUCUUUUUGCGCUGAUGGUUAUUGGGGAGGCAACUGCUCUGAAACUUGCUUUUGUCAGAACGGUGCUAGGUGCAACCAUGUAACUGGACAAUGCCACUGUGAACCAGGUUACAAUGGAACGCUUUGCGAGCACAACUGCACUCUUGGUUUUUACGGAGUAAAUUGCGAAGAAAAAUGUGAAUGCCAAAACCACGGACACUGUGAUUUUAGAACUGGAGAGUGCUUAUGCGUAGCAGGAUAUAUUGGAAUUCACUGCCAGACGAAAUGUCCGGCUGGAAGUUAUGGUUUCAACUGCAGUGCUGAUUGUGAAUGUGACGGCAAGUCAACGUGCCACCAUGAAACGGGAUUGUGCCAUAUUGAGAAAAAAACUGAAGGGUGGCUGGAAAAGGAAAAAUUCACUGAUAUGUUGGUUUCGGGACUUGCAAUACUGAUAAGCAUUUGUACGGCUGCUUCUUUCAUUCUUUGUAUCAGCAUGAUCAUAACCAAAGUCUGUUUGUUAAAGUCAACGAAAGUAGUUGAUAUAGAUGGGGUAAUGAAAAUUGAAGACUCUCUUUGGAUGGGAGGAGAAGAAACAGGAAAUUUCUCCGAACACCUGCAAAACAUAAAAUAUGCUCGCCGACCAAUAUCCGCUGAUCCUGUAGAGAAAAUAGAACUGGAAUGUAAGUUGGAAUCUGCAGUUGAUGACGUCUCGAGGUUGUUGUCACAAGGAGACGAUGAGACUCAGACUAACCUAUGUAAAGAGUUUAAAUGCAAAUGGUCCAAAAUGGUGACUGAAAAUAGGAUUAUGAAGAAAAUAGUGAACGAAACGGAAAAUAUUUGUUGUAUUGGUUAUCGCAUGACAGAUCAAAAAUGCAAGAGAUGUCCUUACAAUUAUUAUGGAAAAGAGUGCGUCAGCCAUUGCGAUUGUGUUAAUUCUGAUGGGUGUGAUCAUAUAAAUGGAACUUGUUUCUGUGAACCAGGCUGGAAAGGUAAAAGAUGUAAUUCUCCUUGUAAAAACGGCACGUAUGGCCUCAACUGCCAACAAAAUUGCCUAUGCAGAAAUGGCGCUACGUGUGAUCACAUUGACGGGUCAUGUAAAUGUGCCCCGGGAUGGCUAGGAAGACGUUGUGACUCUACUUGCUUAAAAGAAACUUACGGGCAAGACUGCACCCAUAUUUGUAAGUGCAAAAAUGGUGGAAGAUGUAGCCAUGUUGAUGGUAGAUGUACGUGUAGACCUGGAUGGAUUGGAACCCACUGUACCUCCGUGCCAAUCAAUUCAGGAAGAUUCAGCAACAAGUUGUUUGCAGAAAUGCCAGUGUCAAAAUCAAGAAGACUGCAAUCAAGACAAGAAUACCUCUUGGAAUCAUGGUUUGUAAGAGUGUUUCGGUGA